UUAGUUUUGGGCUACGGCUGAGAGCACCAGUACUUGCAGGCCGCAGACCUGUUCCUCGUUGCCGACUUAUCCCUGUAAUCUUUCUGAUCCUCUUUCCCCAUUCUAUCUAUAUUUCCUUCGAGUAUGUCCUGGAAGUGUCUCUCCCAACUGCCCCAGCGUCGUUCCCAUUUCUUCUGUUCUGAUUUGAAGAACUCAAGGCUUCCCUCCAUCGUCAACGACUGAGCUUUCAAUGCUCUCAACAACGAAGCUUAUAGAGGUACCGAGUCUGUGUUAUGAUUUAGGAUUUAGAUGAUAUCAUAUAUCAAAGUUAAAUUCUCAGCAAAAUUAAAUUCUCUGCAUAUAAAUAAUGAUUUGAGUGGGUGAUAACCGCAUUGAAGAACUGCCAUGUUAAGGACGUGCAGUAACUAAUCCACUAUUGCACUUCGAAUGACAUUAAGGAACUGCCACGUGAUUGCUUUAGUGAACUGCCAAUUUGUAUUUUGAUUAUCUGUUGACACGUGUAAUACUUUAAUGGUCAGAUUUGUACAUUUGGUUCUCACGACUAAGCUUUUAUAUAUAUAAAGAUUUGCUCACAGAACUGCUUUCUGGAAGCCACCUGGAACAAAGGGCUUAUACGAAAUCAUGGCUGAUUCAUCGAUGUGCAAGUCAUCGUCAUCGUUGACAUCCACGAAAUCAUGGCUUAUUCACGCCCUGGCCGCUGGAGCCAUUGUUGCCGUAGCUUUCGGCGCUCACAGAUUCCUUUCCAGAUCCUACAAGUUUCGUAGCCGGGUUGUAGGAAUCAUACCAGCUCGUUUCGGCUCCACUAGGUUCCCAGGAAAACCACUCAUAAAUAUCCUCGGCAAGCCCAUGAUCCAGAGAACAUGGGAAAGGGCAAAAUUAGCUAGGACAUUGGAUCAUGUUGUUGUGGCAACGGAUGAUGAUAAGAUUGCUGAAUGUUGUAAGGGAUUUGGUGCUGAAGUUAUUAUGACAUCUGAAUCAUGUAGAAAUGGAACUGAGCGUUGUAAUGAAGCUCUUCAAAAGCUUCAAAAGAAGUAUGACAUUGUUGUUAAUAUUCAAGGAGAUGAACCACUUAUUGAACCUGAAAUUAUUGAUGGCGUUGUUGAAGCCCUUCAGGCUGCACCAGAUGCAGUUUUUAGCACAGCUGUGACAUCUUUGAAACCAGAAGAUGCAUUUGAUUCAAACCGUGUGAAAUGUGUAGUUGAUGGUCGUGGUUAUGCAAUCUACUUUUCUAGGGGACUUAUCCCUUUCAACAAGUCCGGCAAGGUCAAUCCCCAAUUCCCUUAUUUGCUCCACCUUGGGAUUCAGAGCUAUGAUACAAAGUUCCUCAGAAUAUAUCCAGAACUUCAACCAACUCCGCUGCAACUAGAAGAAGACCUUGAACAAUUAAAGAUCCUUGAGAAUGGAUACAAAAUGAAGGUGAUUAGAGUUGAUCAUGAGGCGCAUGGCGUUGAUGCCCCAGAAGACGUUGAUAAGAUAGUGCAGUUCAUGCGUAAACAAAACCUGUCCUAGAAGCAAUUUAAACUCUAACACCCAUCGGAGCAAAGUGGAGAACACAUAUUCGUGUGAACCAUUGAUCUCUUCUCUCUCUCUCUCUCAUCUUUUAUUUUCUUUAUUUUUCUAUGCUCUUAUGUUAUUUUUAUCUUUCUGUUCGUUUUUCUAUCUUAUUUUCUUAUACUACAUAUUAUUUUUAUCUUAUAUUAAUUUUUAUCUUAUUUAUGAACACUAUAGUAGUGUUCAUAAACAAAUGAGAAUAUAUGUUAUAUAUUAUAUAUAAGUCAGAUGGGAUCAACACUUUAAUUAAAAAUAAAAAUUAUAAAGAAGAUUAUAUAUGUGUCAUUUGUGGAAAAAGGACAUAACAUAUGGGUGAGGUCGUGUGGUAUGGCCUUUGGUUGCAUAAUCUUUUAUUUUGUUUAAUUGCUUAAUAAGAACCAUAAAUACAUAGUAGUUAGUAAUCAUGGUUGUAUUUCUUUUUGUUGAAUGGUUUUGAAUGUAAUGAAAAUGAUUGAUUCUGUUUGCAAUAUUCAAGUAUGG